CCGGCGCGGCGCGGCGCGGGGCGGCAGGUAGCGCUGUCGGCGGAGCGGAGCGGGCCGGGCCGGGCCGGUGGGGCCGGCGCGGCCAUGGGGAAGGUGCAGCUGUUCGAGAUCCGCCUGGGCGACAGCCGCGUCGUCUACAGCCCCGGCGAGCCGCUGGCCGGCACCGUCACCGUGCGCCUCUCGGGCUCGCUGCAGUACCGAGCCAUCAAGGUGAGCUGUGUUGGAUCCUGUGGGGUGUCUAACAAGAUCAAUGACACAGCAUGGACCGUGGAGGAGCAGUACUUUAACAGCACGCUGUCUCUGGCAGACAAAGGGGUCCUGACAGCUGGAGAGCACAACUUUCCCUUCCAGUUCCUGCUGCCAGCCUCUGCUCCUACAUCAUUUGAAGGCCCUUUUGGCAAGGUCCUCCAUCAGGUGAAAGCUGUGAUAGACACACCUCGCUUCUCCAAGGACUACAAGUGCAACAAGAUCUUCUACGUUCUCUGCCCUCUCAACUUGAACGACAUCCCUGACAUCGAGCAGCCCAACACUAUGUCAAUCACCAAGAAGUUCAACUACAAGCUUGUGAAAAGCGGCAACAUUAUCCUGACUGCCACCUCGGAUCUGAAAGGGUACAUCGUGGGGCAAGCCAUCCAGCUCCGCACAGACAUAGAGAACAAAUCGGGCCGGGACACAGGGGCCGUGGUAGCCAGUCUGCUCCAGAAAGUGGCUUAUAAAUCCAAGCGGUGGAUUUACGACCUGAGGACUAUCGCAGAGGUGGAGGGCUCAGGAGUGAAAGCCUGGAAACAUGCAGAAUGGAAGGAGCAGAUCCUUGUGCCAGCACUGCCCCAGUCCAUUCUGCAGGGCUGUAGCCUCAUACAUAUUGACUACUACAUCCAAGUUUCCCUCAAGUCGCCAGAGGUUUCCGUCACUCUCCCCAUUUAUAUUGGGAACAUUGCCGUGAACAGGGUACCUCUGAGCCCCUCCCGCUCCAUCCAGCACAUACCGUCUGCAGUGGUACCCAGUGCCCCGCCGGAGGAAGAGGAGGCUGCCAGUGGUUAUCACUCGAUGGACAAUGUCUCGAUCCCCACCAAAAGCCAUUCCCAGCAGCAGCCGUUUAGCUACGCCCCAGGACUGAGCUUCCAGGAGAUAAGGGUGGACUCGGAGCAGACGGGCUCCCCAAACCAUCCCACGCUCUGCCUGUCGACGGGAGCCACUGUCCCUUACUACGCCGAGGGGAACGUGGUGCCCGUCCCCACGGCCAGCUCGCUCAUUUUGCCUCCAGAGUACAGCACGUGGGGCUACCCAUACGGUGAGCAGCCCGCUCCUGAGAUCUGAACGGGCUGGCAGCACGCUGAGGCACCUCCAUCCUACGAGCAGAGCUGCAGCAGUGCCAACUCCAGCAUCAACGGCAACUAGCCUCCCCUGCUUCGAGUCCUGCUGGCGCUGCCCACCCCCAGGCGCCAUGGUUCACCUGCCUACCGCAAAGUCUGGUACAGCACAAGGUGUCUUUUUAUCUCUCUGGCUGCUUGGUGGGGUAAAUGGCACAUCCCUGCCCAGGCUUUUUAAGUCUCUUUCUAGGGAGGGGGGAAGAAAACCAAAAAGGGCAGCCAGAGCAGCCUGUGUGUGCAUGUAGGAGAGGUCUGGGAAACUGAACUGUCUCCUGCUGCUGCACCAAGUGCUGGAGAGCUGGUUUUGCCCCAGGGUUGCCCUCUGCAGCAGCUUGUGUUAAAGUACUGUAGUCAACACUAACUGCUUUACUAUCAAAGCACCUGCGAUGCCUUAUCCGAAAUGCUCCUGACUUGGCAUGUCUCCACUGUAGGUGAAGGCUGGGCUGUGUGAACUUUCUCGUCUUUUUUAGGGGCCGUGUGCUCUCCAGAAACAGUUUCGACAGCCCUUCGUCCUUGUCCUCAUGGGUCCUAAGGGUAGCUGAAACAAGAGGUUUCUUGGAGUAAGUGGGUUCAGAAGGUCAGGGACUCUCAAAAAGCCAAAAGCACAAGCCCUCGCUGUGCCCGUUUGUGCGGUGAGUGACCGGCAGCCUUUGGCCCUCACAGUGGGCUGCACCGCUGCCUGCACGCGGUGAGCUCGCUGGGGCAUGUGCUCAUGACGCAGGAGGCCGUGGUGAGCUGUGGAGGCAGAGCCCGGUGUUACCGUGGGGUGCCUGCCAGCCCGCUUCUGGCCUUUCCCAGCAAGGGCGACUUUUCUCUGAAAAGCCUUGUAGCAGACAGCACGUCCUUGCUCACCGCUAGACCGCAGCGCCCAGGCUGAACAGCGCUAGCCAGCCUGCAAGCGGGGGGGACCAGAUCCCCUGUGUCCCAUCUCCCAGCCCUGCAGGGUGCCCUCUCCAUCCCAGCUGCCACUGCCCAGGCCAGAAUUACGUGACGACCAAGUUACAAAAGUCAGUCCAACGCUACCUCUGAGUCUGCCCAAGGACCCUGUCCGUGGAAGCCCAUCCCUCGGGACAGCCCUCCCGCGGGGCUCAGACGGGUGUCCCUUGCGGGAGCGGUCAGUGCCACCAAGCCAGUGCACGAGGGUGCUUGGCCGGGGGACUGUUCUCGCCACGAGCUGGUGCUGGUUUACUGCUCGUCUCCUGAGCCACAGCAGAGUGCAAAAACGAGCAAGUGGGAACACAAACAGCUACAGCUCGUUCGCAGCCUCUGCCGGACCUGGCAGGUCAGGGGAAGAAGCUGGUGGAUGUAAAACAACAUUUUUCUUUUUGCGCUUCUUUUUUUACCCCUCCUCAUUUAGCUUUUUUAGUUAUUGACUGCCCAAGCUGAGGAAACCACAAACCAGAUACUCAAGAGCUGCAGGCAUCCAGCCACGGCUGAAAUUAUGGGCUGCAGACCUUUGGCAUCCCUGAGGACUGGCCUCCAGGCUGCCUCACACUGGGCAGGCAAUAUCUAACAAACCCGUUAGGAGCACUGCAGCCUCUGCCACCUCAUUUUAGCUCGCCGCUGCACACCCCUGGCAGGCAGCUGGGGACAAGCCCUGUUUUGCACUCUUUUCUUUGCAAAUGCUUUUUAUUAUUAUUUUUUUUUAAGUGUUGAACUGCUUUAAGGAUAGUGUAGAGAAGGUGCUGUUCUGAGCAGUGCUGGCACAACGUGCACCAACGUUGAUAGAAUGAUUGUCGUUGUCCUUGAAUAUAUAUAUAUAUAUGAGAUGAAGUUUUGUUUUUAAUGAUUGAAUUCAUAAAUACAAAUUUUAAUGCUGUAUUUAAUAAAUUAUUCUAAGAGAAAUGCUGUGCUUUUUCAUCCAUUUCUGAUGCUUAUUCAUGUGCCUGUUCAUGCCAAAUCUAGGAAUGCACCUUGCUGAUUUCUUACAAUAUGAAGCAAGUUUUUUGCUCUUGCCAGAAAGGAUGGUGACUUUUGCCAAGGCAGCUCAGGGAGAACAAGCACGAUGCAGCCUGACCGUGGUGCUAGGCUCCUAGUUCCAGAUGGCUGGAGGGAGUUUGGCACCGUGUGCGCUUGGCUCUGGAGCACUGCUGCUUCCCUGGCCCUGUGUCCCAAAGCUGUGGUUUGUCCAAGUGGCCCAUGGGUCUUGGGCAGUGCUCUCUGCUGCCUGACUGGAGAGGUGAGCCGGUGGGGAGGAAGGGGAGAGUGGAUUCUCCCUUCAGGAGGAUGGAGAUGGAACAGCCAAGGACUGGCUGGAAGGGCUGGAGACCACCAGCCCAUGCCCUCUCCUAAAGGGACAUUUGGAAUAAACUUAGAAAAGUGGAAGAAGGCUCCUUCCCAUACCCACAGUUUGGUGAUACCAUGUCUGAAGCAUGUAGGUGUUGCCUAAAUGUUGUCAUGGCAAGUAGCCUGAGGUGUGAUCUGCGUCUGAGACACAAGGAUCCUUCUUCACUCUCUGCUCAACUUAUGCUUCUGCCCAGCUUUUAUUAGUUAAAGACUCUCUCCUUUGCCUGGUGGUCUGUGCCUGCCACGAAAAGCAUUCUUCAUCUGCAGGGGGUCAAAGGCAGGUGCUUGUUUGUUCAUAAUGGCGCAUCUCUUCCCUGAUGCUCUUCCUCUUGCUCCCAGUUAGCUGAACCUGUUUUGCUUGGCUCAGCCGGUGGCUCUUGUGCCCUUCCUUGCUGUUGGCAGUACAUACCCUUCCUUCCAGGUCUCAACCCACAUCCCUUCCACAGCUCUGGAAAAAUUCCUGUGAGUUGUCAAUGCUUCUGGACCUGCUGGGUUGGACUAUGGGCUUCUGAGCCAGCCGGGAUCUGGGAGAGGCAGCCUGGGCUGGGACUGAGUUCCCGGAUCCUUGUUCGCCGUCCCUGAAGCUGAGCUGCUGGCGACAUGUCUAGCCCAUGUUUCUUGGCUGGAAAACUUGAUUGCUGUUUGGUGACUGUGGCCAGAGCCACUGGGCUGCCUUUCUAGACCCCCAGCCAGUGUCUGCCCACCUUGUUUUAACCUUCACAGCUGGGAACGCAGUGUUCGCGGUGGAGGCUGGAGAGGAGAGGCCAGCUGUAUCGCACACAGCUCCUGUGUUGUGCCCAGCAUCUCUGCAGCACUCCCGUGCACCUGAGCUUGUUCUCCAGAUUGUUUGCUACGAACUGGUCCUUCAGCACCCGAUGCUGCACGUGGAGUCCACUUUGCAAAGCAAGGAGCAGGUGGGCACGCUCUUCUUCGCUGCUGAGGAGUGUCCAUCUCCCCUGGCUGCUGUGGAGGGAGCGGGAAGGAGUCGGAGCUAGGCUUCAUGGUGGUCCUCAUUCUUUUGGAUGCUGGGGCUGGGCACGCACAGCUCCUGUGGAGCGAUGCCUCUGUCAGACCCGCGAGGCAGCUCUGGCCAGGAUGCAGCAGGUUAUCGCCCUGAGUUUGGCUCUGAGCGCCCUCGCUGUUGUGCAAGCAGCCAGCCGUAACCAGCGCAGCACCGUGAUUUCCACCAUUCCUGCCCAGCUUUGCCUGUCCCCCAGCGCUGCGGCAGGGAAUUGAAGCCUGACACAAAGAGCCUUGUUCGUGUCUCAUGGACCCCUUUGAAAUGGUCCGGGACUGCAGGAUGGAGGAGUUAGUCCAGCUCUUCUUAAACCCGCCUGCAGCUGGCCCCAGGGUGCUGUGGCAGCGAGGUGCUUGGGGUACGCGAGUGCUUUGGGUGAGCACGAUGAGGCAAAGCCCGGUGCCUGGCUUUGAGUACGUUCCCUUCUGGAGAGGGCGAGCAGACAAUCCCUGCCCUCUGCCUUGUUGCUGUCUCUCUUCUCUGCAGCCUCUCCAGCUUCAGCCUCUCCGGCUUCAGCCUCUCCAAGUCCUGGGGAGUUUCUCUAGGCUCUCGGUCAUCCCUCUCUCCUCUUUCUGAACUCUGGAAUAAAGAGGGGGAAAAAACCCUUUUUUCUGAACCCAGCUCUGGGUGAAAAAACUUCAGUACAUAGGAAUUCAAAUUCCUGGCUCAAAUUUUUUAAGCAAUUGGUUUUGGUUUGUUUGAAAUGGGGAGGGGAAGUGGUGGGACAUGAGUGAAGCUUGAGCUAAUUGUUUCCGAACUCAGCAUUCAAUGGAAAAUACCAAAAACAUCAUCUGCCUUUUUUUUUCCUCUGCUUCUUUUUUGUCCUUUAUGGUUUUGUUCUUGUCCUGCUCUCCACAUGUGCUGCCUUCAUGUUUUUGGCUUUUUCGUUGUUGUGUCCUACUAAACUCUGCUUUGGCACCUGUUGUCCCGCUGCCCACAGGAGAUUGGGAAGGGGGGGACGGGGGACACACGGAGGCUCUUAUUGUUGGACCAGUGAAUCUUUUUUAGCUUUCCACUGAACUUCCAGUAGUUUUGUAGAGGUAAAUAUUUUCUGCUAGGAAGUUUUCCUGUUGAGCCAGCACAAGAGAGGAGACAAAGGGUUUUCUGAGGUCCGUUUGGUUUUUAUUCUGUAUUUGUAAGUAUUUCCAACUAUCUGCAAGAGGAAUGUCCCAUCCCUCCUCCCCAAGAGAGACUGGUGGGGUAAAACCCUCAAAACUCGUGCCCUUUCUUGUACCAAUACUCAUGGCUGUAAUUCUUUAUCCCUGUGGUUCUCUUUACAGAUUUUGGGGUUUUAUACAACAAUAUUUGUGAUGGCUCUGUACAACCGGAGAUUUCUGCGCAAUUUAUUACUGGGUUUUAAAAUGUAAACUAGUGGUUUUACAUGUUUGCCACGGCUUUGGGGGGAGUAUUUUUGUCCUGGGUUUUAAAACACCAAAUGUAAAGAUCUGAAAGGGUAAAUAAAGCGCUGCUUUUUUUUUUUUUU